AUGAAUUUGCUGAAUCAAACCCACGAUCCUAUCAUGGCGAGAAAAGCUAACAGUAGCGUGUUUCUAGAAGAAUGGUUAAGGGUUGGGAGUGGAAGCAGUAUCUCUGGUGGUUUGGUGAAGCAGAAUUCUGCUCCGUCCGCGAGGUCGAUCAUUCAAACAUGGUCUGAGAUUAGGGAAUCUCUUCAAAUCCAGAAGUUCGAUACACGUUACCUCCAGGCUUUGAGAGCUCUGGUUAGCUCUGAGUCCACUAUCCAUGUCGCUGAUCCCCAAGCAAAGCUUCUUAUAUCCAUACUAGCUCUACGAGAUGUUUAUCUUCCGUCUGAGUCUUACACGCUUGCUCUCAGACUACUCUAUGUGUGGAUCAGGAAAUCGUUUCGACCGUCUCAAGCCCUUGUUGGCUCUGCGGUUCAGGCCAUUCGUGGCGUUGUUGAUGACAGGCGUAAUAUCCAACCAGCACUAGUAGCGCAAAGCGUUCUGGUCUCUGGUGCGUUUGCGUGUGUUCCUUCUCUUUCAGGGGAAGUGAAACUCUUAUCCUUGGAAUUGCUAUGCAGGCUUUUGGAAGAAGAGUGGUCACUCGUGGGAUCUCAAGAAGAACUUGUUCCUGUAGUGCUUGCGGGAAUCGGGUAUGCUUUAUCUUCUUCGUUGGAUGCUCAUUACGUUAGGCUGUUGGAUUUCUUGUUUGGUAUCUGGUUGAAAGAGGAGGGUCCUUGUGGCAGUGUCACUCAUGGUCUGAUGAUUCUUCAUUUGAUCGAGUGGGUUGUGUCGGGUUAUAUGAGGUCUAAUUAUGUCGGCAAGAUGUCUCUUUUUGCGAACGAGGUACUAGAGACUUCUAAGGCUAAGUAUGCUGUUUAUGCUGUAUCCAUGGCAGCAGCCGGGUUACUGAGAGCUUCCGCGGCAGGAUUCAGUAGUGGUGCACAGAAUUUUGAGAUUGUUUCUAAGCUUAGAAAUUCAGCGGAAAAGCGAUUAGUAUCUGUAGCUCAACUUUUAGUUUCUAAUGGUAAUGUUCUAGUUCCAACUACUCAGAGAGAAGGUCUUCUUUUAAAAUGCUUUGCUAUAGCGUUGGCUCGAUGUGGGUCUGUUUCUCCCUCUGCUCCUCUGCUUUUGUGCCUCGCUUCUGCAUUGUUAACUCAGGUGUUUCCUUUAGGCCAGAUAUACGAAUCAUUCUGCAAAGCUUCUGGCAAAGGUCCUAUUGGACCAAGACUCAUUUGGGUCAGGGAGCAUCUUUCUGAUGUUAUCUUCAAGGAAUCAGGGGCCAUGACAGGGGCUUUCUGCAAUCAAUAUGCAUCAGCAAGUGAAGGGAACAGAUAUAUUGUGGAGAAUAUGAUUUGGGAUUUCUGUCAAAAUCUCUACUUGCAGCACCGUCAAAUUGCUCUGGUGCUUCGUGGUGUAGAAGAUACAUUGCUUGGAGACAUAGAGAAAGUUGCAGAAUCGUCGUUCCUUAUGGUUGUCGUCUUUGCGCUAGCUGUUACAAAACAAUGGCUGAGUCCGAUAGUGUCUGAAGAAAGAAAGAUGGAGACAUCAGUCAAGAUAUUAGUUUCCUUCUCCUGCGUAGAGUACUUCAGGCAUAUUCGUUUACCUGAAUACAUGGAGACAGUUAGAGAGGUGAUUUCACGUGUCCAGGAGAAUGAUGCUACUUGUGUUUCAUUUGUAGAGUCCAUUCCUGCCUAUGAUAGUUUGACGAAUCCGAAAGACUUGUUUACGCAGAGGAUAGAAUAUGAAUGGUCAAGAGAUGAUGUGCAGACAUCUCGAAUAUUGUUUUAUCUUCGAGUAAUCCCAACUUGCAUUGGACGGUUAUCUGCUUCUGCCUUCAGGAGAGUCGUAGCAUCAACCAUAUAUAUUGGGCAUCCUAACAGAAAAGUGGCACGAGCAUCUCAUACUUUGUUGGUAGCAUUUUUCUCUUCAGCAAAAGAUUCAGAGGAGGACGAAAGAAACCAACUCAAAGAACAACUUGUUUUCUACUACAUGCAACGAUCUUUGGAGGUUUAUCCUGAGAUCACACCUUUUGAAGGUUUAGCUUCCGGCGUUGCAGCCUUGAUCCGACAUCUACCUGCAGGAAGUCCAGCUAUAUUUUACUCUGUUCAUAGCCUUGUUGAGAAGGCUUCUACAUUCAACACCGAUGCAUUGCAAGGAAGAAAGUCUGAUCCCGGUAAUCAAAUUCUUGAGUUGCUUCUGCGACUUGUCUCUCUGGUUGAUAUACAAGUGUUGCCAUAUCUGAUGAAGUCAUUGGCACAGCUAAUUAUAAAGUUACCGAAAGAAAGGCAGGACAUGGUGCUUGGUGAGUUGUAUGGUCAGGUGGCUGAGUCAGACGAUGUGAUUCGCAAGCCUUCUUUGGUAUCUUGGCUACAGUCACUGAACUACUUAUGUUCUAAUAGCCGGACAAAAGGCUCAGCUUCUGGAACCACGAUAGACACUUCCAACCAGUUGGCUGCUCGGCUCUAUCACAAAACGGAGAGUUUCGGCGAGGGCGAAGGCCAUUAUGUGACCGUCACUCACUACCCACAAUUUCUGAUUCAUCCGCUUUGUUGUUGUCUCACUCAGUCUCAGGGUUCAAGGGAUCAUCCAGAGCAUCAUCCAGAUUGCGUACGAGCAAGGAAUGCCCAAGAAGACCUUGAUCCAUCUGAAAGAGCGGCUGUGAUAGCGGUUAGCCUGAUAAUCUGUGCUCGGGGUAUACUGAAACUCGACAGUGUGGGUACUCAGUACGCAGCUCAGUAUUUGGUGGACUGCGCUGGUCCCAAGAAGGAGCGAGAAGCUGCUGCUCCACGGCACUCCACGCUAACAAUGCGAGACUGCCUUGAGUAUUUGGUGGAGGUCAAUACUCCCAAGACGGAAUCCGAGCAGAGGGAGUUUGAGGAACGACGCCGCAUGCUGACUGUGAAAGACUGCCUCGAGUGUGCCUUCAGAGAUGGGAUGCCGUUAAGCCGACACUGGACGCACUUGGGAUGCGUGCACAAGCCUCCCCCGUUUGCUCAUCUGAUUCCUCGAGUUCCCAUGAAAGGACAAGUGGUUGAGGUUAAGACAUUGGAUGAGGCGUUUAAGCUCUUGAGGCAGCAACCGGUUGGAGCGAAGCUGCAUAAGUUCGAGGGAGUUCCUGUUGCGGAGGUGCAGAUAUGCUACAAGAAGGAUACGUUUUCCGUCAAGGUAUCUGCAGUUCGUAUGUUGACCUCACUUGGUGGCGACGACUCUCAGCUCACUGAGCCGACGGGUCUCCUUGUGGACUUCAUCAUCCCGCGCUUUUCCAGCUAG